AUGUUAGGGCUACAAUCAUCGAAUAAUCGUGAAGAACCGAUUGUAAAAAGCAGUAAGUCGGCUCUAACAUUGCAGUAUGCCGAACAGUGUCCUACCUGUCGUACACACACAUCACCAAGCAAUAUCGUGAAACGUUUAUAUUUCGCUAACUGUGAUGAUAAAACUGUGAACGAUGUUGGGACUUCAUCAAUUGCUGCUGUAACGGAUCAUAACAAAUCUGCUUCCAUAACAAAUGAAAAUGCUCGGUCAUCACAGGCACCCGAAAAUAUAAAUGAAUUUGAUGGUAACUACCAUGAUAAUGGUAAAAAUUACAACAAUAAUAGUGGUUACGACAGUGAUUACGAAGACGAAGCGAAUAGAGCGAUAGAUGGUGAUUUCACAGACAGCAGCGAUUUAAAUAUGACUCCCUCAGAGGAUAGUGAAUUUGCAACAGAAUCGGAAGAUAAAAAUGAAGAGCUGGAGUAUCAAGAGACAAUUAGUGAUAGUGAUGUGGUAAGCGUAUUAAAUGCACCACUUAGUAUUACGUCAUCUGUUUCGCUUGGAUCAUUUGCCGAAUCAUUCGGCGAAAUUGAUGAUACACUGAGUGUCUCUUCGCUGGAGUAUGACAACAUGGAAAUAUCUGAAUCGCUAGACGAUCACGAUGAAAUCAGCAAUGAUGGUGAUAACAUAUUUACUUCAGGCCUGUUAAUUGAACAUGAUAGUAAUGAUGAUGAUAGUUUUAGUAGUGAUGAUAGCGAUAAUGGUAACAGUGAUUCUGACUUAUACAACUAUGAUCAUUUCGCUCCCCAUUUGCGGAUGUUCAAUCAAUUUAUUUUACCAUACCCUAUGUAUUAUGAUGUUAGAUUUCAAUUUUUAUUUAAUUAG